AUGGUAGCCAUGCCCCUGAAAGCCUGGCACCAAGAGGUGGUGACCUUCAAGGACGUGGCUGUGUACUUUAACCAGGCAGAAUGGGCUGUCCUUUCUUCUGCACAGAGGGCCCUGUACAGAACUGUGAUGCAGGAGAAUUAUGGGAACUUGACCUCCCUGGGAUACACAGUUCCCAAAUCUGCCCUGAUCUCACUUCUGGAGGGAGGGGGUUUGCUUUGGGGCCUGGAGGCACCGGAUGACCCACCUGCAGAGAGGACCACAGGCAUCUGUAAAGAUGCUGCAACCAAUACUGAUAGUGAGUCCACAUCAGUACAAGGAAUUUCUGAAAACAGAGAUGUGGUGGUGUCUUGUGUUCUGCAGAAGAGUUUUCUUCAGAGAAGCAACUUCUUAGAAACAUGUGAACUGGAGCAGCACCAGGAAAUUUCCACAGGCAAAAAUGGUAGCAGCAGGGUUCCAAGAAUCCACUGUGACAGGAAACCCUUCCAAUGUGAGGAGUGUGGGAAGUGUCUCAGCUGCUUUUCUCACUAUGUUAGACACCAGAAUCACACUGGGGAGAAACCCUUUGAGUGUAAUGAGUGUGGAAAAGCCUUUAAUGGCAAUUCCUCAUUAAUUCGGCAUCAGAGGAUCCACACUGGAGAAAAACCCUACCCGUGUGAGGAAUGUGGGAGAGCCUUCAAUGACAGUGCAGAUCUGAUCACUCAUCAGAGAAUCCACAGUGGGGACAGAUCCUAUCUCUGCCAGGAGUGUGGAAAAGGCUUCCCCAGUAGUUCUCAGUUUGUUAUACAUCAGAGAAUCCAUACCGGGGAGAAACCUUAUGCAUGUAAUGAGUGUGGAAAAGCUUUUGUUGGUAAUUCACCACUACUUCGACAUCAGAGAAUCCACAGUGGAGAGAAACCCUAUGAAUGUAAUGUGUGUGGCAAAAACUUUGGAAGGAUUUCCUAUCUUAUCCAACAUCAGCGUAUUCACACAGGGGAAAAGCCUUAUUCUUGUAAAAUAUGUGGGCAAGCCUUCAAUUUGCAUAAAAAGAUAACUCAACACCGGAGAGUCCACAGUGAGAAGAAACUCUUUGACUGUGUGGAUUGUGGAAAAGCCUUCAGUGCUCAGAAACAAUUAAAAUGGCAUCUAAGGAUUCAUAUUCAAGAGCCUUCCUAUGUAUGUGAUGAGUGUGGAAAAGUCUUCACUAACAAAAGAAAUCUUCAGCAUCAAAGAAUCCAUACUGGUGAGAAACUCUAUGAGGGUGACAAGUAUGAAAAAAAUUUUAGGACUUCUUUCCAGUUAGGUGAUCAUGAACAUGUCCACCUUGGAGAGAAACCUGAGCUGAACAGUCAUUUUGGCCUCCCAGAGUUUUUUACCCCCUUUGCUGGUUUUAGUAGUGCUUAUAAAUAA